CCACCAUCCACCUCCACCAUCACCACCACCACCGCUGCCGCCGCCCUUAACCCUCAGAGAGAGAGAGAGAGAGAGAGAGAUGGGUUCCCUUCCUCACGUAGUGGAAGAUUGCAUGGGAGUCCUCCAAGUCUUUAGCGACGGCUCUGUCCACCGGGCCGACGAAAUAGACUUCAGGAACAUCUCUGUCGUCGAAAACAAGUCCGUUGUCCACAAAGACUACCUCUACGACAAGGAGCACGACCUCUCCCUCCGCCUCUACAGACCCUCUUCGCCCCCGCCGGGGAAGCUCCCCGUCAUCUACUUCCUCCACGGCGGCGGCUUCUGCGUCGGGUCGCGCCUCUGGCCCAACUGCCACAACUGUUGCUCCCGCCUAGCCUCCGACCUUGGGGCCCUGGUGAUCUCCCCAGACUACCGCCUCGCCCCUGAGCACCGGCUCCCGGCCGCCGUGGAUGACGCGCACAGCGCGUUGAAGUGGCUCCAAAGCAAGGCCGAGAGCGUGCACGUCGACGGAUGGUUAGAUCCCAAGGCAGUGGACUUCGACCGGGUUUACAUACUAGGGGACUCAUCCGGGGGGAACAUCGCGCACCACCUAGCCGUCAAUCUAGGGUUCAGCUCGCCGAAGUUGGCCCCAGUCCGGGUGCGGGGCUACGUGCUGCUUGCGCCAUUCUUCGGCGGGGUCGCCAGGACCGAGUCGGAAGAGGGACCUUCCGAAGGUAUGCUAAAUCUAGAGGCACUUGACAGGUUUUGGAGGCUGUCGGUGCCAAGUGGAGGAGACAGAGACCACCCAUUGGCCAACCCGUUCGGACCAUCAAGCCCUAGCCUUGAGGCAGUGGCUCUCGACCCCAUCUUGGUAAUUGUUGGUGGAAACGAGAUGCUGAAAGAUAGGGUCCAAGAUUACGCAGCCAGGCUCAAAGUGAUGGGGAAGAAUGUCAAGUACGUGGAGUACGAGGGAAAGCAACAUGGGUUCUUCACGAACGAUGCGUACUCGGAUCUUGGCAAUCGAGUCGUGCAGGACAUUCGGGAGUUCAUGCUCGAGAGCUCCAAUUGAUGGAACAUUAGGACAGGAUCAUCUACGAUGUUCAUCUUGAGAUUUGCAAUGGAAGUGUGUGCAAUUAGGUCGAGGAUGUGGUCUGUCAUGUUGGAGGGUUUCUCCUUUCUUUUUCACUUGUCUCUUUGCAAGUUUUCUUGCGGCUUGUGUAACAGUAUAGAUGAUGGGUUUAUGAGAAAGUUGGCGAUGAAAGGAUCCCAGAUAUGUAAUGCCGGUGUAUGUCAUACUAAUAAAACGUAAAAGGAAAGGUUUGUGAUGUAUAGUUUGUAUUCGAAAUGGCGUGUCUGGAUAGAUUAUUGCUUUUUGGCUUUUUUUUCAUAUAAAUCCUGUGAUGGACACAUUUUGUCUGUUAUUUUU